CACUGCUUGGAUAUAAGCGCCCAUUAUGUAGAUUGAAUUGAUCGCCGCCGCUAAGUUAAGCUCAGCCUGAACUCCACCCACUAUUAUUUCAUUUCAUUAUGACUUCUUCACGAAUUCCGGACAGGUCUAUACGUAUCUGCGCGGACAGAGGAGGAACUUUCUGCGAUGUACACGCAUCAUACCCCGACCCAGAGAAUUCAAAGGAGAGGAAGGAGAUAGUCGUGAAACUCUGUCAGCAAUUUCCCAAACUUCUUGUUAUGAUCGUUUCUGAAAUGCGCAUUUCACACCUUCUUCGGCUCUAUGUAGUAUCUCAGGAUCCUAACAACUACAGAGAUGCCCCUACGGAGGGUAUCCGACGCGUCUUGGAGAUUGUGACUGGGGCGCAUAUACCCAGAGGAGAUAUCCUCUCAACAGAUAAGAUCGACUAUAUCCGCCUAUCAACAACGGUGGCGACAAAUGCAUUGCUUGAACGAAAGGGCCACAAACACGCACUCCUCAUUACCAAAGGCUUCAGGGACCUGCUUCUAAUCGGGAACCAGUCUCGCCCAAAGAUCUUUGAUCUGAACAUUAGACGAGCCCCACCGCUAUAUUCUGCUGUCCUCGAGGUGGACGAGCGUGUCACUCUAGUUGGGUAUACGUCUGACCCGAAGGCAGAGGAACAUGCCGUGCAAUUCGAUGCAGACGGUAACGUCACGCGUGGAUACAGAGGUGCAGGAUGGAAUGGCGAAGGUCUUGCCGAAGGGCCUGGAAAGAUCGUGCAAGGUAUUUCAGGGGAAGCCGUUAGGAUUAUGAAGACACCAGAUCCUGACGCAGUGAAGAAGGAUCUACAGGAACUCUAUGAUUCCGGUUAUCGCUCCCUGGCCAUCGUCUUUGCACAUUCAUACACGUUCCCAGAGCAUGAACUGCAAGUGGGAAAACUUGCCCGUUCGAUAGGGUUCACUCAUGUAUCUGCAUCAUCUCAAUUGCUACCGAUGAUCAAGAUGGUGCCCAGAGGAGUAUCGUCCACAGCCGACGCCUACCUGACUCCAAUUCUUCGUCAGUACCUUGAUGGGUUCUUCAGCGGUUUCGAUGAGAAACUCAAGGACGGAAGAGUGAAAAGUCCGAGGGUUGAGUUCAUGGGGAGUGACGGUGGUCUCCUCGAUUUGAACAACUUUUCUGGCCUUAAGAGUAUUCUCAGCGGGCCGGCUGGUGGUGUCGUAGGAUACGCGCUGACAAGCUGGGAUGAGACGAAGAGAUAUCCUAUCAUCGGUUUGGAUGUAGGCGGUACCUCCACCGACGUCUCGCGGUUUGAUGGGCGCUACGAAGUAGUAUACGAGACGACCACAGCAGGGGUAACUAUUCAAUCGCCGCAGCUUGACAUAAACACUGUUGCUGCCGGCGGCGGAUCCUGUCUAACUUUUCGAAACGGACUCUUCCUGGCUGGUCCGGAGAGUGCGGGUGCUGAACCAGGUCCUGCGUGUUAUCGAAAGGGUGGCCCGCUGGCUGUCACAGAUGCGAACCUGCUACUUGGCAGGCUGAUACCGGACUAUUUCCCUAAAAUCUUCGGCAAGUCGGAGAAAGAAUCUUUGGAUGUUCAGGCGUCGCGCUCUGCGUUCCAGGGUCUAGCCCAAGAGAUCAACGCCAGUCAAGCAAAGCAAUUGAGUCUUGAUGAUAUAGUUUAUGGAUUCAUCAAAGUUGCCAAUGAGACUAUGUGCAGACCGAUACGGGCGCUCACGGAAGCACGAGGAUAUGCGACUUCAAAGCAUAUUUUGGCCAGUUUUGGGGGAGCCGGCGGUCAACAUGCUUGUGAAAUUGCUCACCUGUUGGGAAUCAAAACCAUCCUGAUUCACAGAUACAGCUCCAUUCUUUCCGCCUACGGACUUGCUUUGGCUGAUCGCGCGUAUGAACUCCAAGAGCCCUCCUCAACAUUUUACACGAUGCAGAACCGUUCAUCGUUGAAGGCACGACUGGACAGAUUGGAUUCCGAGGUCCGCGCCGAACUGAAGCGUCAAGGCUUCGAAGAUGAGCGUAUCCACACGGAGCGAAUGCUAAAUAUGCGAUUUGAAGGCACGGACACAGCGCUGAUGGUUCUCCCGUCCGACAAGGACGGCGAUGGCCACGAGGACUUUGAAGCCGCGUUCAAAAGAGUGUAUAAGGCGGAAUUUGGGUUCUUGCUUGAGACGAAGACCAUCAUUGUUGACGACGUGAAGGUUCGUGGUAUUGGGAAAACAUUUGAUUCGCUCGGUGAAAGCGUGUUUUCCGAAGUUACCAAGCUGGAGAAGCGACCCGUAGAUCGCAGAAAGGCGGAUUCCACGCACAGCGUUUACUUCAACGAUAUUGGUCGCGUCAAAGAUACCCCCGUGUUCUUGUUCCGAGCGUUGGAAGUGGGAGAUGAAUUGGAAGGUCCUGCGAUGAUCAUUGAUAAUACACAGACCAUUGUGUUGAUACCUGGUGCGAAGGCCAUCCUAACGAGCAAACAUUUGUUCAUCACCUUAGAAUAAUGCUGGACACGAAGCGCUUGGCCCUGUGGAUUUAGAAUGUAAUAUAGAGGAGUAUCGGAGCUUCUGGAGGAAUGUAGCACAAGCAUGAAUAUAUUAUGUUUUGAAUGGUUCGUGACAAACAAAACACUUGUUUCUGCACUUCGCGUGUCCCGAUCACCGAUGAUGAAGCCAUUCUUCAGUCUCAGGGACUGCAUACGCGGAGCCGCAUAAGAGCCACAUAGUAUCGUUGUGAGCAUCCGACGCGUUUACUCAUCGUCGUAACCUUGCACCGGCCUCCGGGGUCGAUUCGGGA